GGAGGCUAAAUGAAUAUUUACGCGAAAUGAAGUCUUGAGCAGCUCAUUGAGCGGAGACCCACACCCUGUUAACAGCGCAGGUGCAGCCCGGUGAGGUUCGGUUAGAACCGCCUGUGACGUCAUAGGCGCUGUGGUUCUAGGAACCCGAUUCCUGGAACGACUCUGAUCAGCCGGGUCAGACCCUGAAGAGUGAUUCGAGCUCCUUCCGCAGAUAAACAAGUCAGAACCACUGACAGCACUCGCUCCCUGGCGCUCUGUUCGUGCGCUAAGGCUAACCUGAGAGAGAAGUCUGAUUUCGUUUAUUACUUUUUUUUUAGGGAAGCGCCGCUCUGUGUUCCGUUGCUGUAUCACUAUUAUUCGCGUGGUUUUAUUCUAAGGGAAUUUCUGCUUGGACACGCCUGGAGAGUUCUCAGAGACUCCAUUUAUCUCCGGGUGUUUUCUUUAAUCGUGCGCGCUGUUUGAACACUUUCACAAGUCGGGUGUUUAUUCUGCUGGAGGUUGAAUUUUGAAUAUUGCCUUUGGAGGAAAACAGGACGACGAGAGGAUACCAGCCUGUCCGACCAGCAUGAUUCUCUGUGUCCAGAGACUGGCCUCGCCGAUUCGCGAGUCAGCGGGGAGCAGGGUGCUGCACGGAGCGACCCCCCACACGUCAGCGGGUACAGUGAUUACAGGCAGCUGUCCUGCAGUACGAGGCACACCUGACCGGACACUUACGCACGUUGCAUCUGGCCCCAGAGCCCUGCUCCCACAGCAGGCUGCAGUCCUCUCUCUGCCAGAGAUGCUGAGCCAUGUGGAGAGGAGGGAGGGCUCCAUCACCCGCCAGGACCCCCACUCAACUUUCCCUGCCCCCCAGCCUCCCCCCUUCUGCCUGAAGAGCUCCCCCAGAGGGCGGGACCCCAGCGAUGACCUGUGCUGCAUUACCGAGACCCUGGACCACCUCAACACCUCAGGCUGGUACUGGGGCGCGAUCACGGCCAGCGAGGCGAGGGCUGAGCUCCAGCGGGCCGAGGAGGGCACGUUCCUGGUGCGGGACAGCAGCCACCCCCUGUACAUGCUGACCCUGUCCGUGAAGACCAAACGGGGGCCGACCAACGUGCGCAUCGAGUACAGCCACGGGUACUUCCGACUGGACUCCAGCUGCCUGGCCAAGCCGCGCAUCCUGGCCUUCCCGGACGUGCUGAGCCUCAUCCAGCACUACGUGGGCUCCUGCAUGGGGGCGGCGGGGAGGGUGGAGGGGCCUCCAGUGGCGGACGCUCUCCCCGAGCACAAGGACAGCGCCGUGCUGCUCAAGCUGGUGCGGCCGCUGCACCGCAGAGACGCCUUCCCCUCCCUCCAGCACCUCUCACGCCUGGCCAUCAACAGAGUGACCGCCAGCCCCGAGCAGCUGCCCCUACCCAGGAGGGUGCAGGAGUACCUGCAGGAGUAUCCCUUCCCACUGUGAGCCAAGCGCAGGCAGAGCCGAGAAACACGAGGCGACAGGGGGUGGGGGGGGGGGCGAGCCAGGGGCCACCAGCCUGUUCCGCUGCAGUGUGAGUGAGGGGGUGGAGGUUACAAGGACCGCCCCCUUCGCACUGCGAGGACACCCGCCCCCUAACUACUGACAAACAGGAGGGGCAACACGGAACUUCUUCCAAGUGAAUGGCCAAUCGCAGGCUGUGGAUCGAAAUGGGGCGUGGCUACAAGGACUGAUCAUGCCCAUAGAGGAGGACUGCAGCCCUCCUGUCCAAUCAGUACGAGGGACAAUUUUUAUAAAGACAGACUUUACCCCUAAAAACCUCUAGCUGUUAGUUUGGCUGGCCCUGGUUUGGGCAAAAGCACUUUCUUUUAUUCCUGGAUUUGUUUAUAUUUUUAACUGACUGAGAUUGAUGACAUUUUGUUAUAAAAUAGGUGCUGACCUGUAAAUGUGAAAUAAAUAAAUAA